GCUGCCUCCAAAAAAAUUGAAUCCGUCUGGUCUCGGGACAGGAACGCUGAGCUCUAACCGUAGCAAAGAUGUUUAUUAAAAUUCAGAUCAUCAUCUUCGUGCUGGGGAGCGUUCCUUUCACAGCUCUUGCUGAAGAAGCAAGCUCAGUUCUCGAAGGAGAAGAAAGCGCAACAAUUGAUUUCCGAGACAGAAAUGACACAGAGUUUGAAGAAUCACCAACCCUGCUGCCCACAAAACUGCACAGUGUAACAAAUCUCUUGGAGUUUGCAGAACUAAUGACCACAAAAAGUGGAGAUGUUGCUAGUGAAGACGGCGAGAUCACUCCUGAUUAUGAAGUUACCACUGAAAGUGAAGGUGGACCAGGCAGAGAACCAGAAGAAACCGAGAAAGGUGGUCUGGAAACAAUUGCCCUUGCUGGAAUCAUUACUGGAAUCAUUGUAGCAGUUGGAAUCCUCGCAGGAAUCAUAAUUGCUGUUGUAAGGAAGAUGUCAGGCAGGUACUCGUAA